CGUCGCUGCUGCUGCUGCUGCUGCCUCCCUUCGCGUCUGCCCCCGCGGCCCACGCCCGCAGCGCCUCGGCUCGGCUCGGCUGCUCCACUUCUACCCCGCGCCUCCCCCGAGAUCGGAAUCGCCGCCCUCCCUCCGCCAUGGCGCCGUCUCUGCUCGGGGGGUUCACCAAGUCGCUGGCCAUGACCGUGCUCUCCGAGAUCGGGGACAAGACCUUCUUCGCCGCCGCGAUUCUGGCUAUGCGCCAUCCCAGGAAACUUGUCCUGGCAGGCUGUUUGUCUGCACUAAUAGUGAUGACAGCUCUAUCAGCUUCUCUAGGUUGGGCUGCACCAAAUCUGAUUUCACGUAAAUGGACUCACCAUGUAACUACUCUGUUGUUCUUUGUAUUUGGCAUUUGGUCAUUGUGGGAAGGCUUCAAGGAAGAUGGAGAUUCGGAAGAAUUGGCUGAAGUUGAAGCAGAGCUGGAUGCUGCCUUUAAGAGUAAUAAAGGUGAAUCUAAAAAUAAAUCUAAGGCAAAUGAUGAUACGAAGAAACAGCAAAGACCAUUUCUCAUGCAGUUCUUCUCACCAAUUUUUAUAAAGGCAUUUUCUAUUACAUUCUUUGGUGAGUGGGGUGACAAGAGCCAGAUUGCUACUAUUGGCUUGGCUGCUGAUGAAAACCCAUUUGGUGUUGUCCUGGGUGGAAUCAUAGCGCAAGCAUUCUGCACUACUGCUGCUGUUCUUGGUGGAAAGAGCCUAGCUUCCCAGAUAUCUGAGAAGAUGGUUGAACUGUCAAGCGGAGUGCUCUUCCUGCUGUUCGGUAUCAUGUCCUUGCUCUCUGGACCAGAAGGAGAAUUGUAAUCCCUGCUCGAAGCCUUUUUCAGCUGGCUGAUUAACAUAUCUUUCUCUCCUUAGACCUAUCUUAUUUCAGUAGAUGAAUGAUGGCGACGAAACCCAGCCAUCCAUCGCAAACUGGAUGGUGAUUCAAUAGUUUAGCCGACACAUUGUAAACAUUUCACUCGUCCUUCAUAAAUAACUACAUGUUACACUGUAGCUAUUGCAUUCUGUUGUGCCCAGCACGUGAAAGUAUCUUUAGUAGAAGCUUCCUACAAUAUGAUGAAUAUGAUGUAAGAUUCUUGUUACUGGAAUUAUUUGUUAUCGCAA